AUGGCGUCGUGCCAGGACAAUGUUUUGGAGGGUGAACGAUGCAACGACGUCAUUCUGUAUGAUAUCAUGAAAAAAGUGAGUGAAAUGAAUCGAGCAAAAGGCGUUUCGACCACGGCAGGAUUCGAACCUGCAAUCUUCUGCUCCGUAGGCAGACGCGUUAUCCAUUGCGCCACGCGGCCAGCUGGCUGAGCGAACCCUCGAGGCUAAUGAUAAUGUGCCCGGUUGCAGGCGGCGAAAACGUCAUUGGACCCGGCGGAAAUCCGGCAAAACUCGAUGGAAACGAUGAAAAAAGUGUUUCCGGUGGCGCGCAGCAUGGGCUGCAUUUGUACGGACCACAAAUUUCAGUUUCCCGACUUUGUCAACCAUCGCUAUUGUUCGGUUCGAAUCGCGACGUUCCUAUGUCACGCGAUUGUCUUCUAGCUUAUUUUGAAACGUACAAUAUUUCUGUUCUUCGCCUGCCGUCAUUUUGACCUAUAAACCUAGAUGAUUCCACCUCUCUUCUUAUCCGACAAUACUCUCUUUCUGCUACAAUGCAACUCCACGUUUUCCUCCUCAUUUCGGCCUUGGGCCUACUUCAGGCCUGUCGGUUUAGAGCCCAAGUCCGCUCGGAAACCGAUCGUGACAUUUGGGCCCAGUUCACAUGGCCUAACAAGACUGAAAGUGAGAUUUUCACUUUCACAAAGUUCGGCGAGACACGAAACUUCACCGUCACUGGAACCAUGUGUAAUCUGGCGCCGACUGUGUUAAAAGUGAGUUUUUUGAAAACGCCGCAACUGCUCCGGCGAUCAAAAGUUGUGCAAAAACACCGCGACGACAUAUUGCGGACUCUAAAAUGAUUGUUUUCCGUUUUUUUUUCCCCAAAUGGAAAAAAAAACGGAAAGAAAUGCAUCGCGCGCAGCGUUUUUUCCGGCAGGUCUCGCAGCGAUGCAUGCGGCUACUGUAAGAGACGUUUUAUGAGUGGAUUUACGAAAAUUUUUCUAAUUUUUCAGCGAAAUUGCCACGUUUACCGCUAUUUCCGACCGAUUUCGCUUAAAUUCUUUUUUUUGUUGAUAGUUUUGAGUGCCUCGUUAUAUCGUUCAAAACAUUGAGCUUUUCGGUGAAAAUCGGUUCAAAAUAGCGGGAAAACGUGGCAAUUUCGCUGAAAAAUUGGAAAAAUGUUCGUAAAUCGACUCAUAAAACGUCUCUCACAGGGAAAAUCGCUGCGAGACCCGCCGGAAAAAAAACGCUUUCCGUUUUUUUUUCCAUUUUUUGACAUUGCUGAAUAGGGGGAAAAAAAAACGGAAAACAAUCAUUUUUUCAUCGCCUGAAUAGCCCCAUAAAGCCGCGCAUUUUUUCAGUCCUGGGAAAAAUUCCCGAAAAAAGCGGACAAGCCGACGGGACAAACUUCGGCGCAUCUGGAGGGCAACGGCGGCACCAUCUUCUACAAAAUCUUAGCGAAAGAUGGUCCGGCGGCGGUGAGAUCCGAAGGAAUGCUGUGCGCCUGGGGACAGUGCCGUCUUGGAUGA